GGGGGCGGUCCUCCGCGGCGGCGGCGCGCGGCCUGCGCUCGCGCUGGGCUCCGCGCGCCCCCCGCCCCUUCUGUGAGGCAGAGGCCGCCGCGGCCGUUAGCGCUGUCGCUCCGGGGCCCGCGGCGGGCGGGGCUCCGGCGGGGCCCGGCUUAGUCCCCACCCCAGCCCGGCUCCCUGCCUCCCGCCCUCCUUCCCUCUCCCCGAUGCAGGGGGCCGAGCUCCGGGAUGGUGAGGCGGCGGCAGCGGCCGCUUCGUACCGCGUCUUGAGCCGCCUGCUCGGCUAUGGAGAGGCGGCCCCCGAGCCAGGCCCGCCGCCACCGCCCCCGGGCCAUGGCCCCCCGCCGCCACCCUUCCUCGCACGGCCCUGUACGCGGGGCUCCCGGCCGCCUCAGCUGAUGGUGUUCCGCAACGUGGGUCGGCCGCCGGAGGAGGAGGACGCGGAGGCGGCCCCGGAGCCGGGACCCUCGGAACUGCUAUGUCCCCGGCACCGCUGUGCCCUGGACCCCAAGGCCCUGCCCCCGGGGUUGGCGCUCGAGCGGACCUGGGGCCCGGCUGCUGGACUAGAGGCGCAGUUGGCAGCUCUGGGGCUCGGGCAGCCGGCGGGGCCGGGAGUCAAGACGGUUAAUGGGGGUUGCUGCCCGUGCCCCCCGCAGGCGCCCCCUCCGCAGCCCCAGCCGCCUGCUGCCGCCCCGCAGGCCGGGGAGGACCCCACGGAAACGAGCGACGCGCUGCUGGUCUUGGAGGGCUUGGAGUCGGAGGCCGAGAGCCUGGAGACUAACAGCUGCUCGGAAGAGGAGCUCAGCAGCCCGGGCCGCGGAGGAGGAGGCGGCCGGCUUCUGUUGCAGCCCCCAGGCCCUGAAUUACCCCCGGUGCCCUUCCCACUGCAGGACUUGGUCCCUCCAGGGCGCUUGAGCAGAGGGGAGCAGCCGCAGCAGCCGCCGCCCCCGCCCCCUCCUCCUCCUGGGCCCCUCCGGCCACUCGCGGGCCCUUCUCUGAAGGGCUCUCUCAAAAUCCGCCUCAGUCGCCUCUUUCGCACGAAGAGCUCCAACGGUGGUUCCGGUGGCGGGUACGGGGCCGGCAAGAGGCCUUCUGGAGAGCUGGCUGCUUCAGCUGCGAGCCUGACCGCCGUGGGAGGCUCUGCCGGCCGGGAGCUGGACGCAGGGAGGAAACCCAGGUUGACGAGAACUCAAAGUGCCUUUUCUCCGGUCUCCUUCAGCCCCCUGUUCACAGGUGAAACAGUGUCGCUCGUGGACGUGGAUAUCUCUCAGCGGGGCCUGACCUCUCCGCACCCUCCAACUCCCCCUCCUCCUCCAAGAAGAAGCCUCAGCCUCCUAGAUGAUAUCAGUGGGACGCUGCCUACAUCUGUCCUUGUGGCUCCGAUGGGGUCUUCCCUGCAGUCUUUCCCCCUACCUCCGCCUCCUCCACCCCAUGCCCCAGAUGCAUUUCCCCGGAUCGCCCCCAUCCGAGCAGCUGAGUCCCUGCACAGCCAGCCCCCCCAGCACCUCCAGUGUCCCCUCUACCGGCCUGACGCGAGCAGCUUUGCAGCCAGCCUUCGAGAGUUAGAGAAGUGUGGUUGGUAUUGGGGACCAAUGAAUUGGGAAGAUGCAGAGAUGAAGCUGAAAGGGAAGCCAGACGGUUCUUUCCUGGUACGAGACAGCUCUGAUCCUCGUUACAUCCUGAGCCUCAGUUUUCGAUCACAGGGAAUCACCCACCAUACCAGAAUGGAGCACUACAGAGGAACGUUCAGCCUGUGGUGUCAUCCCAAGUUUGAGGAUCGCUGCCAGUCAGUGGUGGAGUUCAUCAAGAGAGCCAUCAUGCAUUCUAAGAAUGGGAAAUUUCUCUACUUCUUGAGAUCCAGGGUUCCAGGACUGCCACCAACUCCAGUCCAGCUGCUCUAUCCCGUGUCCCGAUUCAGCAACGUCAAAUCCCUCCAGCACCUUUGCAGAUUCCGAAUCCGACAGCUCGUCCGGAUAGAUCACAUCCCGGAUCUCCCACUGCCCAAACCUCUGAUCUCCUAUAUUCGAAAGUUCUACUACUACGAUCCUCAGGAAGAGGUGUACCUGUCUCUAAAGGAAGCGCAGCUCAUUUCCAAACAGAAGCAAGAGGUGGAACCGUCCACGUAGCGAGGGGCCCCUGCUGGUCACCACCAAGGGCAUGUGGUUGCCAAGCUCCGGUUUUAAAGAACCAGAUGAAGGUGGCGUGAAAAGAGAAGUGAGAAAAAACAAGAGGAGAUGGGAAGGGCUGGGACCCUCUGCGCAGAGACUUGGGUUCCCCUGGCCACCCCGGGCGGGGAAGAAGCACACGACCGUCCUCUCCGAGCGGGGCCCCACCUCUCCCAGCCGGCACCUCUGGUGUCCCGGAACUGUGCGAGCUCCUGGAACACUGGAAGAAGUCUCAACACUGUUCCCUUUACACAAGUUUUGUUUUGGGUAUUUACGUUUCUCGGUGUGGAAAACUCGCCAAGGCAGCUGGGGUUUACGCCCCCUGGAUUGGAAGUGGUGCGAAGGGUGAGCAGGUCCAGAGGAGGUGACGGGCCGGGGAGUGGGGGGCGGGUGGGGCGUUGCCAGUGCCUAGCCGGUCCCGCAGCUGGUGCCAAAGGCAGGGUGCAGGUUUCACCGUUGACCUUGAAGAAGGGAAGGGAAGGGGUCAGAAGUGCAAACCAAGUGAGAAGUUUCUAAGGGACGAGAAUCCGCUUCUCUGUAAGCAUGGGUAGCUUCAGUGGGAGCGGGAAGGGGAGGAGGGGGGUGGCCUCAGACUACUGGACAGAAGCUGGCAGGUGGCCUCUGCUGGGGGAAGCAGCGACUCCUCGCAUCCUUCCCUUUUAAUUAAGACUUAGGAAUCGGAUUUCAGAAUCACCUCUCAUAGAAGCUGGACUUUGUUUUAUUUAAUUUUUAAGCUCUGUGACCUCAAGUUAGUCCCAUUCUUCCCCCACCCUCAACCCGUUACCCAGGGUAACUGUCCGUUUCGCUCUGGUCAUGGUAGUGUUGCUCCCACCAGCUGUCAGGGUGGCAGUUUUUCUUGUCACCUGAGCCGUGGCGCUCCUACCUUGGGCUGGCAAAGUCAGUGGAGCGUGUCCCCAGAUUCUAAUGGCACAGCAUACCCGUGACUUAGGAGUCAGUGCUGCUUCCCUCCCGUGUCUGUGAGCCGGGGAGGGAGUGGGCAGAAGGUGUGAGACGAAGCUGUGUGGUUGUGCCCCUCCCAGAGGGGGCGCUCUGGCGUCCCUGCCUUCGUGAGUUGUCCUUAGGUUAGAGUGGAGGAGGGCAUCGCUUCUGCUGUUAUGUGUGUCGCUGUCACCCACUGCUGGAAGGGCAGCUAGCAAGGGCUUCUGAAUUUUCUGUGUUCUUCCUGGCAGCCCAGACAUUUUCCUGAGUCAGGUCCUGUUUGCCCUCCUUUCACUGGAAUUGUGUCAGAUGCUGAGUUCAGAGUCGCCUGUCGUGCAGAUGGAAGUGAGGAGGAGGGGGGAAAGCCCCAGUGCUUUUCAAUGGCCUUUAAUUUUUCCUGAAGCAGGCCAUUGUCAAAUCAUAUAAGAUUAUGAGUUUGCUUUUCUGUAGAAUUACUCUGGGGAAAGGUUUGCUAUUAAGAUGUGAAAAUUGAGCCGUUUGGUCUUUAUUACUCUUGCAGUAAGUGUCCCACUAGACUGCCUCUUGUCUUAUGUUUAUAUCUGCCUCAUCUCGUAAGAUAAAUAAUACUGUCAGGCUUGCGGCUUCCUGAUGGCUGGGGUGAGGCCUUGGUGUCUUGUGAACUUACAGGACUGCCGCGUCGGGCAUCGUCGGCCUUCUGCCUCACGGCCUGCGUGGGGCGGCCACUCUUCCUCCUCGCAGCUGACCAGGGAGGAGCGGGCACUGUCACUGGCCUCGGAGCAGGUGGCCCACAAAGUGAGCUGUUGCGCCGCAAACACAGCCGCCUCUGGUUUGCCCGGGGGCACCUCCUCUGUCUUUGGCUUCCAUGGCGUGACCACCAUUUCAGAUUUUGAUCCCAGAAAUUGGUUUAACCUGUGAGUCUUGCCUCUUGAGGGAGCAGAUUAACUGGCCACCGUGCAGAAAGCGCCAGCCCCGCCCCGCCCCGCCCCGCCCCGCUGUGGUAGAGCCUGAAGCUGGAAUCCGUUGGGAUCCUUUGAGUGGCUGAUGUGUGGGUACCUGGCAUUUUUAUUUUUUAACCAUUUUUGCUACCUGGAAUUUAAAAAAUAUUUUUAGUGUGUGUUUGGCUUUGGGGUAGACACUGUGGGAAACGCUAGAAGCAGAGGACAUGGCGUCUGGCCUUCAGGGCGUGGAGGUGACGGCCGCACGUGAAGCCGUGGGGGAACGACUCCGUGCGGCAGGGAGCCGGGCGCCUGGGCAGAAGUGCAGAGUGGGCGAGGUCAGGGUGGGCCAGACGGUGCAGGACAGCUCUGAGGCGGGGCGGCUUGGGUUGUAGGCGAGGGCAGGGCCACGAGUUGAGGAACACACAAACCAGAAGCUUGCAGGCAGGAAUCUGCACAGUAUAUACUUAGAGUGCACACCCCCGAGUUGGAGCAGAAGCACUUAGGAAUCCAUUUUCAGUGCGGGGGCCUGGGCUGAAACUUCUGAGUCACUGGGCACAUCUGAAUGCUGAGGGCUUAUGAUGGUAGAGCGGAGUCCGCAGCCACAAGGUAGCCUGGUCCUGCCCAUGGCCGAGGCCCUCACUGCUCCCAGUGCAGCCUGGGUGAGUGAGGCAGAGCCCCGGGCCCCUGUGGUACCAGGUUUCCAUGGGAGAAGUCCUGCACUUGGUACUAAUCCAAACCCACUGAGGUGGCCCAGCCGCACCCCUGUCCUUGUGUCUCCUGGGAAGGGUGGUGGCUGCCUGUGUCCGUGAUCUCUCCAUGCUUCAGCCACAGCCCGGCUGCAGCCUAGUUUUCCUCAGCAGUGUGGGCUGCAGGACAGAGUUGUGCAGGGGGAGACAGGCCCCUCGGGGGGUGCGGCAGAGGGGGCGGGGCGGAGGUGCCAGCCUGGUCACAGAAGACACGGAGCCGGAGCAGGUAGCCUGUGGUCAGCACUGCCCUUCAUCUCCCCUGGCCGGGCCCACGCUCUUCGCUGCCAGUUCUGUGCUGUGCUCCGCUCAUUGGGAUGCAGUCUACGUAGGGUACUUACUCCUUCUGGAUUAUGUUUUAAAGUCACGCACUGGAAAGGGUCCUCACCCCUCACUGACUUCUGAGCUGUGGGCGGAUGAAGUCAGUGCCCUCCGUCCUUGCCUGCGUGGCCCUCGCUUGGCUGUGGACGAGCUGCUGUAACUCCCCUCGGGACGGUGUGGACCCCUGUCAGCUGGUGACCACUACUGCUACCACUGGCCGUUACUUGAACUUGUGGAGGAGCACAGGAGUAAGGAGGGGAGGAGCUUUGGCAUAGGGGCCGGGUACAUGGGGGACAGCCGGGAGUUCGGGGCCAUGGGCCGUGACCUGGGCCCCGUGGACAGCCUGUGCCUCGAGGUGGUGAGUGCACACUCACCGGAAUGUGAUCUGGGGCCUGCAGCCACUGGCCUUGGUGGAGACUGGCGUGCCGGGGAGCUCUCCGCCGGGUCGAUAGGCCUCCGCCUCCUUUCCUCCUUUCCAACGUAGCUGGUUGUGUGGUCCCUACUAAAGUUGGAGAUGAUGUUGAGAGAGCUGCAGGCCCCCUACAGUGCACACCCAAGAAGAACUGGGGAACAGGGAGGGUGGUUAGUGGGCCCAGAUCCGGGUGUGAGAGACUGGAGUGCAGCUGGGUGCCCUGGGGGCCUGCCCCUUCAGGCCUCACCCAGAGCCCCAAGGAAAGCAAGGCCUGCUAGGAGCCCUCAGGGCCCAGCAGGGGGUGGGGGUGGGGGGAACUUUCACCUGGGUUCCUUCUGUCCCGGCCCUGCGGCUUCUCCUGUGGCCGAGGGCCUGAGGUAGGUGGGGGCCUGGCCGCCGGGGUGGAGCGCCGUGGCUGCUGGAGGGCAGGCGGGAGUCGUGUGCGCCCCGGUGCUCGCGUCUUCGUUCGCACAAGUCUUACCGCCGGUUGGGUGUUGAGAGCAUCUCCACUGGGGGGCCCUUGCCAUUUGUUUUCCACUUUUAGAAGAAUGACAUGCCCCUGUCCCUAAGGGAGGAGCUGUUGAGUUAGACAUUUUCCCUAUGGGAAUCCUCUUGGUUGUGUCUGUGGGAAAGGGGGGGCGGAUAAAUGAUUUUUAUCUCUUAAUUGUCAACACAGCUGUUCUCACACUGAAUUUGUGCUAUUGCAUACAUGUAGCCAUCUUUCUUUUCACUGCAGCAGUGUUUAUCAGUAGUUCAAAAUGAUUUAUUUACUCCUGGGGAGUAAAACCUUUUUUAUUAAAAAAGAAAAAGAAAAAAAAAGAAAAGUGUGACCCCCCCUUCCCCCCAUGAUCGCUAUGGGAUUAUUGGGCCACAAAGCUCAAGAAGGCAGAGACAGUCCUCCAGUCUCCACGUCUGCCCCGGUUCGGCGUGGGAGCCUUCUGGCUCGGCGCAGGAUGACGGGAGGCCUGGAGGAGGCGCAGAGCAAAGCCGGGGAGGAGUGCGGCGGGCUGGACCGCAGAGACGGAGACGCUGGGGGCUCAGGUGCUGCAGUUAGGAAAAUAGAAUAGUUAAUUGUAUUUCAAAUAUUGGCUCUAAUCUGCCAGGGAAAGAUCUGUCUUUAUAUGCAGAUUCACGUUGUCUUUGCCCUUUCCACCCCUUCCUGACCUUCCUGGUAGGUGCUGUCGGUUUCUUCCUGUUCCCUUCCCGUCCUUGCUGCCCCUUCUCCACCCCUUCGCAGUCCCAUCUACCUCCCGGAAAGCCAGUCCUGCAUGCCGAGUCCGCGACGCGCCUUCUCACCCGCUUCAUCUCACUUAGAGGGUACCUGGAACUGCUCCCCCACCAUGCCAGGAGGCAUCAAGGGGCAGGCGACAAGCAGCCAGCCACGGUGGGAGGACACGAAUGUCUGGUUGCAGCUGGACUGCGAUCGUAGUUGCUCCUGGGGACAGAGUGCAAGGCGAGCUCAGGACACUCUCGACUGGAACCCAGGAUACUCACACACCGCACAGCUCUGCUCGGAACUGCGCCCUAAGCCCCCUGCCCAGCUCAGGUGGAGUGGGAAGGCUGGCCCGACUGUCCCUGGUGCUCCCCUGAACAGGGACCUGCCCCUCAGGCCCGGAACCUCUUGCAAGGGACAAGCAUAACCCAGGCACCACUCUGGGCAGGCGGGACACGAGCGCCCGCGCCGGUGCUGCCCGUGGCACAGCCACUGCUGUACAUUUCUCGGUUGUUCUCCAGACACACGAGAGGGGUGUCGCUCUGGGCUCAGGUGGCUGCCCAGAGGGGAGCCGCACCCCCGGCAACCACUUCUGUCCUUCAGGCCCCCCCUCCCCACCGCCCUCCAAGCCAAAGCGUGGCCUGGCUUUUACCUUCCCGUUUAGUUUUCCUCCUCUCCCCUCCCUUUUUGUGCUUAAUUUAUUAAAAUAGUUACUGUAUAAUUUAUUUUCAUAAACUAUAAAAAAUUACUAAAUGGUUAAAAUAGACUUGCAGGCCAAUCUUAAAUGGGGUGGGAGGGCCUGAGGGUGGGGUGGGGAAAGAUGUUUUGAUAUAAACAAAACAGAUGCACUUUGGGUGUGUUUUGGUAUUUUUCUGGGGCUAGCGGGGCGGGCGUUGGGAGGCCCCUGUAGACUAGUCCCAGAGCGGGGUGUCUGUACAUACUGUAUCCAUAGGCAUGUUUGACUCGUGCAGAGGGGCACUCGUGGCCGCCACAGGUCCCGUUCGGAGCCCCCGUGCCAGUCCCGGUUUUUGUAAGUGUCCGUGCGGGAGACCUUUGGCCCUUGUGUUUGUAUCUCCUUUUUAUGAUCGCUGUACUGACUCAUGUCUUUUUGGGGAGGGGUGAAAAGAGAUUUGAAAUAAAAAUGUUUAGAAAUUA